AUGGGGUUAUGUAAACCUGCAGAUUAUAAAGAAUCAGAAAGUGCAAAAAACAAAAUAUAUGGUGUUUUACCUUAUAUUGCCCCUGAAAUUUUAAGAGGACAAAAUUAUACUAAAAUUUCUGAUAUUAAUAGUUUUGGUAUAAUUAUGUAUGAAGUAAUUUCUGGGUUACCUCCAUAUCAUGAUGUAAGCCAUAAUAUAAAUUUAUCAAUAAAAAUUUGUCAAGGACUUAGGCCAAGGUUUAACAUUAAAGUACCACAAUUGAUUGUACAUUUAAUUAAAAAAUGCUUAGAUGCAAAUCCGUUAAUUCGACCAACAGUAAAUGAAAUUAAAGAAAUUUUAGAUAAAUGGAGAUAUUAUGAAAAUAAAUCAGAAAUAGGAGAACAAAUUAAAGAAGCAGAUGAAAUUAAUGAUAGAUUAACAUAUGAAACACAUUCUGAAGCUGUUUAUACAAGUAGAUUACUUAAUUUUGAUAAACUUCCCGAACCAAAAAAUUCUGAUGAUUAUUAUGAUGAACGAAAUGAUAAUAUAAUUAGUGAAAAUUUUUCAGUAGAAUCUCUACAAAUUAAUAAUAUUUCACAAUUGAAAAUUAGUGAUGCAGAUACUGAAUUAGUCAAUCCGAUCAAAUAA